CCUUCACCGACGCGACAUUCAUCACCUAUCUCAAGCAACUGUUAGCUAGGACUUUCGCCUGGCUUUACUCAGCGAUACUCAAUCAUUCCUACAUCACCAUCUAUGGGCUCCCCCUCUGGCACAGCAACCACCGACACCCCUCGCGCCUCCCUUCUAGCCGUCAGCGCAGUUCCAAACAUCGUUUUGGCUUUCGGCCUCUCUAAGACUGACGCGAGCUUCGCGUCGCUGGUUUGGUGUGUAGCAGUGGGAGGUCCGCCUUGACUGGGCGGACGGUAAACUUCAAGUUUUACAAGAAGAGGCUGGACUAGUAUUAAAUCGACUUCACGAUAUUCGACGGGCAAAUCACGUUUUGCAAAUCUUCUAGAAAUUCAGAGCUAUGGCGCUCUUCACUUUCGACCAAGACGAUGCCCAUCUUGUGGGAGGGCAAACAAAGCAAGGCCUCCACUACGCAACAGCCAGGGCGGAAAUGAUCACAGACGGAGCCAAAGGGAUGGAUAUUGAUGCGCCAAAGGACCCAAAACCGGUGUUGGGAACUCCGCCCAUCAAUAUUGCCUCCCCGCUUCCUAAGCGUCUUUUACAGUCCCCCCCACAUAUGAAGCAACAGUCCGUUACUAAUAAACUAGACUUCGAUAUAGUGAGGAACAAAGCACAGAAAAAGAAGAAAAAGAAACGGGCAAUGAAGCCCGGCGCACCUGCCACAAACACCAUCCGAGGGUUUCAGACGCCUGUAACGUCUUGUGGAGAAGAGUCCGAUUUCUCAGUCGCCACAACCCCACGUCUCGGACCUACCCUUUCUGGAUUUCCAAGUGUCACAAGCAGCCCAGCAUUGAGACCAUCGUCAGCAGCCGGAGGAAUAAGCGCGCUUAAGCAGCAGCUCGAAGCACUUAAUCUCGGUCCCAGACUCGUUUCCCCCGGCAAAGGGUCCUUGGUUGGUCCGCUUAGGUCAGGUAUCUCUAGCAAUGCCAGUAUCUCCGGACUUGAUAGUGACAGCGACCGAACCGAAAUGGAGAGCUACGAAGUCAACCUAGAAAAUGACUUUGUUAGCCCAGACGUUGCGUCAAAAUCGACUUUGACUCCAGAUGGGAUCGAUCGGAGAAACUCGAGCAUGCGAAAGAUGACUGCGGAAGAUUUUGACCCCCUGACAUGUCUCGGAAAAGGUAGCUACGGAACUGUUUUGCUGGUCAGACAACAUGCAACUGGCCGUCUCUUUGCGCAAAAACAGUUUCGUAAGGCAUCCCUCACAGUGCACAAGAAGCUCAUUGAACAGACCAAGACCGAGCGCGCGAUUCUUGAGAGUGUCAAUCGCCACCCGUUCGUUGUGAAGCUGUACUACGCAUUUCAAGACCAUGAGAAGCUUUACCUCAUACUCGAGUAUGCUCAAGGCGGUGAACUUUUUCACCAUCUUGCUAGCGAGCGAAUGUUCCCUGAAGACACGGUAGCCUUUUACAUGGCGGAGAUGGUACUCGCGCUUGAUCACUUGCACCGCACCGUCGGUGUCAUUUACAGAGACUUGAAGCCUGAAAACUGCCUCUUGGACUCAGAAGGUCAUCUGCUCCUCACCGACUUUGGGCUCAGCAAAGUCGCCGUGGACGACGACACUACAUCCCACUCGUUCCUUGGUACGGUCGAGUACAUGGCGCCUGAAGUCAUUCUGGGAGCCGAGUACGGCAUGGCUGUGGACUGGUGGUCCUUCGGUGCGCUUGGCUUUGAUCUCCUGACCGGCUCACCCCCAUUUACCGGAAACAACCAUGCCAAGACUCAAGAGAAGAUCGUCAAGCAGAAGCUCGUCCUCCCCUACUACCUUGGUCCUGACGCCAAAGAUCUACUUACGCGUUUGCUUCGCAAAGAGCCUAAGAAACGACUAGGCGCCAACAUGCCCAAGGAUCUUCAGACUAUCAAAUCCCAUCGCUUCUUCAGAAAGAUCAACUGGAAAAAGCUAGAGGCAAGAGAACUUGAGCCGCCAAUUCAACCACUUAUCACGGAUCCAGAGCUUGCGGAGAACUUCGCGACUGAGUUUACAGACUUAGCUUUGAGCCCCGUGGCUACGAAGAAAGGCUUCGACGAGUUUAUAUUGGCUGAACAGGAUCCCUUUGGAGGCUUUAGCUUUGUUGCUAGCCAAAGUCUGCUCGAGGGUGGUGAGUGGGAUUGCUGAUGAUAGAAGAUGACAGUUGGCUGUUGGGUACAACCUAGCCAAUAAAUGGAGUAGUUUCUUGUUCAUACUUUAUCGCCUGGAGUGUUGCAUUUUCCGUUUUUGUUAUUCUCUAUUGUUUAGUUUUUGGUGUCAUGAUGCAUCCUAGUAGAAAGACUAGCUACGAACCGGAAACUACUGAUUAUCAUACAUUCGUAGCUUCUAGUUCUCAGCUUAGGACUCCAUAAAAUCAUACGU